ACAAGAUGAUCCUGUAGGAUCAUUGAGCUGACAAAGCUCUUGAUAAAAAAACGGAAAGAUUGGAUGCAGAUCCACGUAACCCUUAUGGACGAAGAUGCUAAACCUUCAUCUGCCGAUUUAAUUAAAAAACAAGUCAGUUACCAAAAUCCGACAAUCGUCGGCAGCAAAAGUCCGGCAAACCGCCGGUAACAAAGUUCGACAAUCGUCGGCAGCAAAAAAUCCGACAAUCGUCGACAGCAAAAGUACGGCAACCCGUCGGAAACGAAAUCUGACAACUGUCGGCAGCAAAAGUCCGGCAACCCUCCGGUAACAAAGUUUUGACAAUCGUCGAAAGCAAGAAGUCCGACAAUCGUCGACAGCAAAAGUACGGCAACACGCCGGAAACGAAAUCUGACAAUUGUCGACAGCAACAAUUCUCGACUCCCCUCUCUUGUACAUAUAUAAAGUAUGAGAAGCCUGCAGCAGCCUUUUCUAACAUGGAUGUAGCUCUCAGGAAGGGUGCAUCGAAGAAGCCUUCAAAAUGCGUGUUUUACGUCUAAUCGAAUUAGGCCUGUCGUGCGCUGGCUUGUUUCUUCUGCUGAUAAUCAUUAAAACGUGAACGUUUGCGACGACCGUUACGCGAUAUUUACCCGUCAUUGAAAUUACGUACACCGUCAAAUUCUCUAGACAUUGCGUUGCCUUUUAAUUAAAGUCACUCGCAAACCAUGGAGGUAUUGAUAGAUUGUUAUUUCGACAGGCUGUUCUCGGAAAUGGAACGCAGUUGCUUAGCCUCGCGAUACAAACGUCGCGAGUUGGUCAAUUAUUUUACGGAUGUGAUAAACAGUUGUGCAGAAGCGGAAAAUCUCGACAAACAGGAUGUGUGCGAGAGGAUCGUCUUUUCGGCUCUGCGUUAUCACAAUAUCACGAUGAUGGAGAACGGGUCGAUCUGUCUGCUCGGCAAGUUCCAUAACGUUCUGUACGUAGCGGCGAAACUCUGCUACGACUGGAAUAUCGACAACAACGUGAUCGUCAGCCGACUGCUAAACGACAUAUUCUACUGCGAGAAGACGUUCGAGCGAUUGUUGGUCGGGGCGAUUUUCGGUACGCGCGUAACGCAUUUUCUGUCCGGCUGUAAGUGCGACUUUGACGAUCGCGAGGAAAACAUCCGGGCACUGGUGUACUUCUUGGAUCACGCGAUUAGCGGCCGGCUCGAGUACCGUUGCGAGUCCUCGCCGAUAAAGAGACGUUUCAUCGACGUGCCCAUGGAGUCGUACGGACAGGUUCUGCCUCUGAGGGUCGCGAUCCAACACGGCGCGCCGGACAUCCUGUUGAUUAUGCUGCGCUACGGCGCGUCGGUCGAGUCCGACAACCUGGCCCCGUCGCCGAUGGAGAUCAUUCUAACGAAACUUAGCGAGUUCGAGGCACAUCCCGGCGAGGAGGAAAUGGUUUACCCGGAACACUUGCUAACAUGUCUGAAAUUGCUACUGCGAACCGUCACCUCCGCCUGUGUCAGAACUCCCGAUCACAUCGCCGCUCAUAGCGGGAUCUUUAGCGUACCUUUGUACGAGCAAUAUCCCAAUCUAAGAAUCAGAUAUCAGUAUGAAAAUAUAUGUUGCUAUGUACUUGAUUGUACGCAUUUAUUAACACCGGGUCACCUAUCAGUUUUAUCCGAAAUAACGUUAUUUCGAGCGAAUCGCACUUUCUUCCUACAGAAAUUGAUAAAGUUUACAUGCUUGACAGCUCACCGCUUGAAACCGAUGGCAUUUUUUACGGCGUGGUAGAAGUUACAAGCGCGCGUCAAAAAAUCAGAUUUUAUACCGUACCAAAUACCGCCAUGGAACAUAAUGUUUUACUUGAUAUGGAUUUUUUAAAUUGCCCGUCGUUGCUCAUCAUUCCGUGGAUUCCACGAUUUCUUUCUUUCGUGAAAUUACUAUCAUCAUACGAAAUAGACGGAAACCAUAAGUAGUAGUUAUCGAUUGGCGAGCGGAUGUAACCCAACUGUCAUCGCUCAUUAAAGAGUAAAUGACGAAACCUUCCAGAAAACUCGAACCUAACCCAGACAGUCAUCUUUCAGACAUCUUUUAGACGUCUUACAAAAAAUGGCUAAGAGAUUUUUUUAAUUGCUCGUCGUUACGUUACUCUCGGAGAAACUUUCGAAAUCGUAAAUGUCGAAGAAAAGCGAGUCCAACAACCCACUGACAACAAAAUUUACAACCGUCGAUAGCAAAAUCCUACAAUCAUCAACUGCAAAAGUACGACAACCCGCCGGAAACGAAAUCUGACAAUUGUCGGCAGCAACAAUCCGGCAACCCGCCGGUAACAAAGUCCGACAAUCGUCGGCAGCAAAAAGUCCGACAAUCAUCGACAGCAAAAGUACGGCAACUCGCCGGAAACGAAAUCUGACAACCGUCGGCAGCAACAGUUCGGCAACCCGCCAAAAACGAAAUCUGACAACUGUCAGCAGCAACAGUCUGGCAACCCGCCGGUAACGAAAUUUGUGCCAACAACCAUUGGCAGCAAAAGUCCGCAACCCGUUGACAACAGCAUUCGACAACCAGCGACAGCAAAAGUCUGGCAACCAGCUAGUAACAAAAUCCGACAACCCGUUGACAACAAAGUUCGAAAAUCGUUGGCAGUAAAUGUCCGGCAACCCGCCGGUGACGAAAUCUAUGCCAACAACCAUCAGCAGCAAAAAUCCGGCAACCCGCCGGUAACAAAACCUAUGCCAUCAACCGUCGGCAGCAAAAAUCCGGUAACCCGCCGGUAACAAAGACCGACAACCCGUUGAUAACAAAGUUCGAAAAUCGUUGGCAGUAAAAGUCCGGCAACC